AAAUGGUAAUAGCACUCCCGGAAGUGUCUUUUGUUGAUCAUCGGACGGAUACUUAUCGCUUUGUAGAACUGUACAUUUUCUAUUCUUUCCUUUUUCUAUUUUAGUAAUUCUUUAAUCUACUUUUGACGUGUGACACAGAUAUAUUACCUGUAGUGAGCUGGAAGAUUUCUAAAUAAUCUGAAUCUCAGUCGGCUCGAGGCUGGGCUAACCGAUAGCCUAGCAUUCACAAGUCUAGAGCCGUCAGUUUGUUAGUUUUCAAUCCAGCUGGUGUAAAAGUAUUUUUUUUUCUGUCUCUUCAAAAUUUAACGAGAACAGAUAAAGACACUUUUGAAAAACAUGGCGGUUGUCAACGAAGGCGCCCUUAAGAAAAUGCUAAAGCAAUACAAAUAUCGAGAUCUGACCGUCCGAGAAAUAACCAAUGUCAUCUCCCAGUACAAGGAUCUGAAGCCGGUUAUGGAUGCUUAUGUCUUUAACGAUGGGUCUUCAAGAGACUUGAUGAGUUUGACAGGGACUGUCCCUGUGAGCUACAGAGGUAAUGUCUACAACAUCCCAGUGUGCUUGUGGCUGCUGGACACGUAUCCCUACAACCCUCCUAUAUGCUUUGUUAAACCAACGAGUACCAUGAUGAUUAAAACUGGCAAGCACAUCGAUGCCAAUGGCAAAAUUUACUUGCCUUACCUACAUGAGUGGAAACAUCCUCAGUCAGACCUUUAUGGCCUGAUUCAAGUGAUGAUUGUUGUGUUUGGCGAGGAGCCCCCAGUGUUUUCCCGCCCUACCACCCAAGGCCCGUUUCCCACCUAUCAAGCAGCUGGACCCCCCAAUUAGGUUACCCAGCUUACCAGUACCCAGGUGGGAACUCUUACCCCACCACAGCUGGACCUGGACACUACCCCACCCAGCCUCCUGUCUCCACUGUGGGUCCAAGCAGAGAUGGCACCAUUGGCGAGGACACCAUCCGUGCAUCCCUGAUUUCCGCUGUGAGCGACAAACUCCGCUGGAGAAUGAAGGAAGAGAUGGACAGAGCUCAGGCAGAGCUGGACGCUCUGAAACGAACCGAGGAGGACCUGAAGAAAGGACACCAGAAGCUGGAGGAGAUGAUCUCAAGACUUGACCAAGAAGUGGCUGAAGUUGACCGGAACAUCGACCUGCUGAAGAAAAAGGAUGAGGAACUAAGCGAGGCUUUGGAGAAAAUGGAGAACCAGUCCGAGAACAACGAUAUUGACGACGUCAUUGUGCCCACAGCUCCUCUGUACAAGCAGAUCCUCAACCUGUACGCUGAGGAGAACGCAAUCGAGGACACGAUCUUCUACCUGGGAGAAGCUCUCCGCAGAGGUGUCAUCGAUCUAGAAGUUUUCCUCAAGCAUGUUCGCCUUCUGUCCAGGAAACAGUUCCAGCUCCGCGCUCUCAUGCAGAAAGCCCGCAAGACUGCCGGCCUCAGCGACCUUUACUGACCCACGCUGACGAUUCUGAAACAGGCAUAUCUUCAAACUCUUACUCUUCUUCCAGCUGUUUAUUCCCUUUUUACUGUCUUCAUGUAUAUCAACCAGCUGGCUUUUUUAAAGAACGGAAACAAAGACAAAAAGCAUUUCUGAAGAAUUGUGAAAUGUUAAGGUGUUGCACUAUUCAUCACAAACACAACCCAGAUGUGGAAUUAUCACUUUUAUACCCUGAUAUUCUAUAGGAACUCCACCACCUUUGUGAAUCAGGACAUGUGGUUGACAUAAAAAAAACAGUGUGACACACAUGCCAAAUUAGUGAAAUUUAAGUGUGUGUGUGCAGUGUAUGCAACUUCUGAGUGUUGAUGCUGUGACUGGUCAUUGUUUACACUGGGUUUGUGUGUUGACCUGUAAACAGCAUCCUGCCCUGAUCAGUUUGCCCUUACUUGACAAAGUUAUUUGUCCAGUAAGCACAAAAUGARUAGACGAAGAACGGGCUGCUUGGUUUUGAAGUAAAUGCCCACAUGAACUGACAGGAGUCCAGCCUCAGGAUUUGUGAAUUACUGUUCAGUAGUUUUGGAGUUAAAGGGAUUGUUUCUUUGUAGUAGAGGUGAUGACAAAAAUCGGACCCUACCUCUUUAAUUUGGGCGAAACUGCCCCCCAGACUAAAAAUUUUGCCCCUUUGAGUUCCAUUUUGAUGAUCUGAGUCAGUUCCUUGUUUCUGUGUCAGCUGCUCAGGCUAACCCUUUAGUCUGACUGUUUUAACCAGUCAGUAAAUAGUUGUUUCACUCUGUAAAGUCUUGUCAUAUUUAAUUCUAAGGUAUAACAAAAGGAUUUCAACUCUUUUAUUUUUUUGUUUGUUCGUUUGAUUUACUUGUGCUAUCCACUCCUGCUCAGUCCUGCUGAGAAAGUUGGGUUUUGGUUGAACUUAGAGGGAUAAAAUUUGUGAAUAAAGCUGCAGGCUUAGAGGGUACAAAAAUAAAAACUAUAAAACCAAUCGAUAUGUUAACUUAUGUAAAGUUUUGUCUCUUAAAUUAGCCUUUUUACUAAAUGCACUUUGAAAACUGUAUGAUAGAAUAUUAGUUUUUUUUUCUUUGUUCAACUCAGCCAUAGACCACCUGUUCUUUUAUAUCUGUAGAUUUAUGUAAAGCAGUAAAAAUUAAAAAACAUCUGGUUUUUGGUUUUA